AUGUCCAUGGGGGAGGAGUUUCUGACUUGUUUGUUCUCAGUUUCGGUGAAAGAAGAACAAGGAAAACAUGGAGCUCAGCUGGGUUGUACUUGGAGCGCUAAUAUUCAGCCUAGUUUCAGCUGAUAAUGGAGUGACUACGACUACACCAACCCUCAGUGUUAAACAAGGACAAUCUACUGAAUUUCAAUGUGACUAUACCGCUAAUUACCAAUCACCACGAGUGGAAUGGAAGUUUACGAAUAAUGACCAGGAAACAAGUCUCGUUUAUUAUGAUGGAGAACUAACAGUGUCCUACAAGGACCGUGCUGAGGUUUUUCCCAAGGGCUUACGAUUAAAAAGUGUAACAAAAAAUGAUAAUGGCGUUUACACCUGUGAGGUCACGUCUAAGGAUGCAUCUGGAGCCCAUCUAUUUGGACAAGCCAGAACGACCCUUACAGUUUUAGUGCCACCCUCAAUACCUAUUGCUCAAGUGCCCACCUCGGUGACCAAUGGUGGUGUGGCUGUACUAAGUUGCUUAGAGAAAGAUGGCUCUCCACCAGCUACCUUUUCAUGGUUCAAGGACAAAGUACUUCUGCCUUCCAACCCUAAGGACAGCCCAACAUUCCAGAACUCAAGUUACACCUUCAAUCCCACUACCGGAGUGCUGAAAUUUGACCCUGUGACCAAAGGUGAUUCAGGAGAGUAUUACUGCGAGGCUAAAAACUCGGAAGGCUCUCAGACUUCAGGAGUCGUUCGGAUGAAUGCUGAGGAUGUAAAUGUGGGUGGCAUCGUGGCUGCAGUAAUUGUGAGCCUCCUAAUCUUGGCAUUGAUUGCAUUUGCUGUGUGGUUUGCUUACAGCCGUGGCUACUGCAACAAAAAAACAAACAAAAAAGUUAUUUACAGCCAGCCAUCAGAAACCCGCAGCGAUCGCAAUUUCCAGCAGACCUCUUCUUUCCUGGUGUGAUCUCUAGACAUCGAACAUAUCCAAAGACUUGUCCAGAUUCCUCCUUGACACUCUUUGGACCUUGUUUUUAAUGCAAAUUGUACCAUAUGAACUAUUUUGUUUUUAAAACUUUUGUGACCAUCUGAAGAUGAAACAUUGUGUUUUGCAUUUCUGUAAAGAGAGAAUGAGAAAAAUCUACGUUUAGGAAAAAUCUUAAUUAAUUCGUUGACGUUUACCAAAUGUUUGAGUGCCUUUAUUUAUACAGCUAAAUUCCCUUUUGCAUAUUUUUUUGUUUUGUUUUUUAAAUUAAAUCUGGAUAUACAUUUAAUCGAUUUGCAUUCCAAGUAGUAAUUCAUUCUGAAGGAGAACAAACAAUAUUUUUAACAUUCUGGGUUAAUUGUGGGUUUUAUUGAAGGAAUACAGCAUGGUUUUGAGGUUAUCCUUGUCAUUUGUUGUUUUAACUGUCUGAACCAAUGCUCCAUGAAUUUUACGCAAUGCAAGGGUUCAUGCACUAAAAUAUUUUGCGAUAUUUGCUUUGGUAUUAGUACGAGUUCCCGUUGCAUAAUUUUGACUGCUGGUUUUGUGCGGAAGGUUGCUUUUGAGGUACCUAAUACAACAAAGGAGCAAUACAGGCAUGCACUGUAAGGGUAAAGUAGGCUCAGGAGGUACAUGUGGACACUUUUUGUCUGCCUAAUAUUUAUUAAUGACAAGUCAAAACUUUAGGUUCAAUUGACUUGUCUCUAAACAUAUCAUCCUACAUGAGUUUUUUUUCUUUAUUGAGAAUACUAUGGUUU